AUGUUGCCCACGCCAGAUACCUCACACGUCCCAUACGAGCGUGUCUACGAGCCCGCCGAAGACUCCUUCCUGCUCCUCGACACGCUCUCCUCCCCCAGCGAGUGCUCCUUCCUCACCACCCGCUUCGCCCACGCCGCGCCGCUCGUCGUCGAGGUCGGCACCGGCUCCGGCGUCGUCCUCGGCUUUGUCAACGCCCAGUGCGGCGCCAUAUUCGGCACCCCCGAGAUCCUCACCGCCGGCGUCGACCUGAACGCCUACGCCUGCCGCGCCACCGUCGCCACCGUGCGCAAGGCCGCCGCCGACGAGCACGCCCGCGGCGGGACCUAUCUCGGCUCCAACAUGGCCGACCUGGCCUCGUGCUUCCGCCCGGGCGCCGUCGACGUGCUCAUCUUCAACCCGCCGUACGUGCCCACGUCCGAGAUGCCCUCGCGGCCGGGGACGUUUGCGCAGGAGGUGCCGGCGGCGGCGGCGGCGGACCCGUCGUUUGACGACGACUCGUACCUGCUGGCGCUGUCGUACGCGGGCGGCGCGGACGGCAUGGAGACGACGGACAGGCUGCUGGAGGAGCUGGGGAGCGUGCUGUCGGCGCGCGGGUGCGCGUAUGUGCUGCUGUGCGCGCAGAACAAGCCGGACCUGGUCAAGGGUAGGGUGCCGGCGCUGCUCGGCGACGGGUGGAGGGCCGAGACGGUAGGGUCGAGCGGCAAAACGGCCGGUUGGGAGAAGCUUCAGGUCGUGCGGAUAUGGAAUGACGCAGCUUAG